AUGGCGACGUGGCGGCGGGACGGCCGGCUGACGGGCGGCCAGCGGCUGCUGUGCGCGGGCGCGGCGGGGGCGCUCAGCCUCACGGUCACCGCGCCGCUCGAGCUCGCCACCGUGCUGGCCCAGGUCGGCGGCGCGCGGGGCCCGGCCCGGGGACCGUGGGCCGCGGGGCUCCGGGCGUGGCGCGCCGAGGGGCCCCGCGCCCUGUGGAAGGGGAACGCGGUGGCCUGCCUGCGCCUCUUCCCCUGCAGCGCCGUGCAGCUCGCCGCCUACCGCAAGUUUGUCAUGCUGUUCACGGAUGACCUGGGCCAUAUUUCCCAGUGGAGCUCCAUCAUGGCUGGGAGUCUUGCGGGCAUGGUGUCUACCAUUGUGAUGUACCCCACAGACCUCAUCAAAACCCGGUUGAUUGUGCAGAACCUGCUGGAGCCAUCUUACAGAGGGAUCCUCCAUGCUUUUUCUACUGUCUAUCAACAGGAAGGGUUCCUAGCCCUUUAUCGAGGGGUUUCCCUUACUGUUCUAGGUGCUCUCCCCUUCUCCGCUGGCUCCCUUCUAGUUUACAUAAACCUGGAGAAACUCUGGAACGGACCCCGAGGACCCCGAGAUCGGUUCUCUCCCCUCCAGAACUUUGCCAAUGUCUGCCUGGCCGCUGCUGUAACCCAGACACUCUCCUUUCCUUUCGACACAGUGAAGAGAAAGAUGCAGGCUCAGAGCCCACACCUUCCCCACCACGGAGGAGUGGAUGUCCAUUUCUCAGGAGCAGUGGACUGCUUCCGGCAGAUAGUCAAAGCCCAAGGAGUCCUGGCCCUCUGGAAUGGACUGACAGCCAACUUGCUGAAGAUAGUUCCAUAUUUUGGAGUUAUGUUUGGCACCUUUGAGUUCUGCAAGAGAAUCUGUCUUUACCAAAAUGGUUACAUUGUGUCUCCUCUGAGCUAUAAAUUGACCCCAGGGGUGGAUCAGAGUUUGAAGCCCCAGGAAUUACGGGAAUUUAAAAAGUUCUUCAAAACUGGACAGCUAAAGUCUAAAAAACCAACCCUUUAAAACUGAAUGGAACAAGAAGCACAGUUAGGGCAUGUUACAAUCAUACAAAAAUGUAGCUUCAUAAUCCUGUGUUCAUGGAAUGACAAGAGAAUAUGCCCAUCUGCUGCUCUUGGAAAUGAGAAGAUUCAGCCACAUACCAGCUCCAAGCUCCAAGCUGAUGACCUGGUGCACACCCGUGCCACAGGAAAGCUUCCCAACAGGACUGUUUCGUGGCGGCAUUCCACCAGAUUUUAUAAUAAAAUCUAGCAUUCACGAAAUGUGCAAUUUACACUCUGUAAAUGUGCAACUCACAGGACACCAAAGAAAGGGCAUCGCCAUGACCUCAAAGUGACAUGCAGUUGAAGUGGCUGAGCAGGGAUCCCUGGGUGGCUCAGCGGUUUAGCGCCUGCCUUUGGCCCGGGGCAUGAUCCUGGAGUCCUGGGAUCAAGUCCCACAUCAGGCUCCCUGCAUGGAGCCUGCUUCUCCCUCUGCCUAUCUCUCUGUGUCUCUCAUGAAUAAAAAAAAUCUUAAAAAAAAAAAAAGAAGUGGCUGAGCAAAUACCACAUCAUGAGCUCAGCCACAUGGUCACAGCUUGAACUAACUAACCCACACUGGCCUAGUUUUGCUCUAUUUGACCCAAGUCCUCCUAAUACAGUUGUUCUGAAAGUCCUAAUCUUUGAGGAGUUCUGAGUGCAUACACUAUAGUGUAAAUUAUGCCUUAUCAGAAACUGAAUUAAAGCAUUUAACAUUUAAAAGUCAUCACUGUCAUCGUAGAACGGUGGUUCUUCUGUAUUUAAAUUUGAAGCAUCUCAAUCUUUUUUCAGGAAGGCAGUUUUUACCCUGACCACUUAAUGCCCCCAAAGACCUUCUUCCAAUUGAAGUCAUGUACAGUUGAAGUGGCCUUUAUUCUCUGCCUUUUUAACGUGCUUUGCAAGCCUAACCUGAAAAUAAAUUAGUCAACUUAAGUUAUUCUCACAAGAUGUCCCAAUUGCCUAGAAAGGAUCAAAUAGAACAUUUGACACACAUAUCAGAAAGAGAAAUGGAACUGAACAGAAACACUUCAGGCUAAUCAUCUCUACUCGAUGCUUUAAAAAUCAAAUUUUAGAUUGUUCCACCUUGAGAACUCCAUGUCAGGUUUAUUUUUUUUAUUUUUUUAUUUUUUAUGAUAGUCACAGAGAGAGAGAGAGGCAGAGACAUAGGCAGAGGGAGAAGCAGGCUCCAAGCACCGGGAGCCCGAUGUGGGACUUGAUCCUGGGUCUCCAGGAUUGCGCCCUGGGCCAAAGGCAGGGGCCAAACCGCUGCGCCACCCAGGGAUCCCCCCAUGUCAAGUUUAUAUAACCAUACUUUCAAAUACUUACCUAUGCAUUAAAAACAAUAAUAUUAAAUUUUUAAUUUACACACACACACACACACACACACGGGCUUUCAGUAUGUUGAAAGUAUUUUUCCAUGUUAAAUUUAUUUUCCAAAGAAAAAUGUUGUUUGGUCAUUUGAUACCUAAGGUAAGUGAUAGCAGAGGAAUAGCAGUUAAUACACACAGGAAGAUCUCAUCUGUAGCCCAAUCUGUUACAGUUGGGAGGGUGGCACAUUCUUUACCCACAGCGGAUAGCCAUAUUUAUUAACUCUUCAUUUUCCUUUCAGUGAACAGGUUUUUUAAAGUUCUGAAAUCUGCAGGAAAAAAAAUAUGUUUUUAUACUAGAUCUAAAAUCCUAACUCAGGUUACUUACAUCACAUUAAUAUCUUCUGUGUAUUCUUCAACCCAUAUAUGAGAGGGACAGCCACGCUCCAGCUACUAUCACACACAGGAAUGUUUUCUGAGCUGUAGUUUUGGCUUUUUCAAUAAAGUUAAGUGGGGAAAAAGGAA